GCCAGUCCACGGAGUAAGCUAGUAAACCCGCGCUAACACGGACUUUCAGUGAGUGAAUGUGUGUGUGUCAAGUGAUGGUGAGAUAUUCGACUUCUUUCACUUACUGAACUGACAUUUAAAGUUAACCAAUCAUCAACCUCCGCUUCGACCUCGUGUUUCCUGACAUUAUCGUAUGAUUUGAGGAAGCUCCUGGUCACCUUCUCUGGGCCAAGCAUGCUGGCGAAGGGGGACGAAAUAUUCCAGGGGAUGGAAGCGCAUCGGGGCUGACCAGUCCGUGCGUCGCAUCGUGACCUUGGAAAGAUGUCCUAAUAUGGGCGGAAGUGGAGGGCUGAUAGCGGCCGCCGUGUGUCUGGGGUGGUGUCUACUCAUCUCCGCCUCCUCGCCUACUGCUGACAUAUUCGAGAAUGGAAGGUCCGACAAGGAAAUUUUAGACAAUUUGUUGAAACAGACGAGAUACGACAAGCGCCUGCUACCCCCAGUUACAGGAACACUUACAGUAAACAUGAGUGUGUUACUGCUGAGUCUUGCGUCCCCGGACGAAUCUAGCCUUAAAUAUGAAGUGGAGUUCCUACUACAGCAACAGUGGUUCGACCCACGGCUAAGGUACUACAACCAGAGUCGCUACCCCUUCCUGAACGCCAUCCAUCACCAUGAGAGUAUCUGGCUGCCAGACACCUAUUUCAUCAUGCACGGCGACUUCAAGGACCCCCUCAUUCCUGUGCACUUUGCAUUAAGAAUAUACCAAAAUGGCUCAGUCAGCUAUUUAAUGAGGCGACACCUGAUAUUAUCAUGUCAGGGGUCUCUCAAUAUCUUCCCUUUCGAUGAUCCUCAAUGUUCUUUCGCUAUGGAGAGCAUAUCGUACGACUUAUCAGCCAUCACGUAUGUCUGGAAGAAUGACGAAGCAACCCUGAGGAAAAGCCCUUCACUGACGACACUGAACGCUUACCUGAUCAAGAAUCAGACGAUUCCCUGCCCUACGAAGGCCAGCUGGCGAGACUCUGACGAUGAACAGGACGACAUUUGCUCGCUGUGCCAGCGACGCUUCGAAGAGCAAGGCAACUACAGCUGUCUCAAGGUAGACCUCAUCUUCACCAGGGACAGAGCUUUCUACUUCACGACAGUGUUCAUACCGGGAAUAAUCCUGGUCACUUCGUCAUUCAUCACGUUCUGGUUGGAAUGGAACGCGGUACCUGCGAGGGUUAUGAUAGGUGUAACUACAAUGCUCAACUUUUUCACUACCUCUAAUGGUUUCCGGUCGACUCUACCUGUGGUAUCCAACCUGACUGCCAUGAAUGUAUGGGACGGUGUUUGUAUGUGCUUCAUCUACGCCAGUUUGCUUGAGUUUGUCUGUGUUAACUACGUUGGACGCAAACGCCCGCUCCACAACGUCGUCUACAGGCCUGGUGAAAACCCUGUUACCCAGCGUUUACCCGCAGUCCUGUCCCGGAUAGGCCUAAUAUUGGCCACUCCACUGGCAGGGCCCAUAAACCUCUGCAAGCGCUUCUCGCGGCGCUGUUCAAUGGGGGACAAGAAAGGUGAGGGGGGAGGAGCCAAUGAGAUAGUUACCUGUGCCAACUGUGGGCCCAAUCCUUGUACCCAUACCACCAACAACGGGUGUGCCACAGAGAAUUGUAUCCCCGGCGCCCCACCCGGAUUGCCACCGCAGGUCCGCAAGAAGGAACCUCCGCACCCAAUCAGAGUGGCUAAGACCAUUGACGUCAUCGCCCGCAUCACCUUCCCCACAGCCUACGCCGUUUUCCUCAUCUUCUUUUUCUUCCACUACAAGGGAUCGUAAUCCUAAAAACCCACCCAAAUUUCACUAUUCAUCAUGCAACUGUUUUAACUAGUGCAGCUUCUUCUGUACGGCUACAUCAAACUUAUAAAGUAGUUGCAGCGGUUUUUGUUUUUAAAAAAUAUUAAAUUGCAAAAAGAUAAACAACUUAGUAGAUUUACACAUCUUAUCCACAAUGAUUAGCAUAUGCUUUACAAGUUUUAAAGCCAGCGAUAUUUUUUUUCUGCAGAAGAGGACUUUAAAGUUAAUAUGGAUUAUACUUAUGUAAAAUAUCCAAGUUACCAAAUUCUGUUUUAUAAUUAGGGUACUGUAUUUAGUCACUACCGCGAACAUAAGUAUACAAUGAUUUUCGCUUGAUUUAUGCAAAAUUGUUUUGAAUGCAUAACCCUUAAGUUAUCUGAUUUAAUUGGGCAAAAAUUCAUUUUGUUCUUUGAAGAAAUUAUUCAAGCUAGAGAUUGAUGAAAACUAUAAACAAGUUAGUUGCUUUUCAUUCUUUACUAUUCAAAGUACAUUAUUUGAAGAGUGUUCAAAAUAUUUUGUCAUAACCAAAAGUAAUUGCUUUUUUCAAUUUUUUUAGAUACUAGAGAAUCAUAGCUUCAUAAAAUGUAUAUACCUGUCUUAAGGGAAAUUAAAAAUUGUACGGUUGUAUGCACAAAAAAUAUUAAACUUUAAGCCAGGUUAUUUCAGUUUUUGGCAUUAAUGGUUAUUAAUAAUUUUGUUGCCUUUUUGACAUAGUUAUUACUUUGAUCAUUCCCAAGUAUUCAUUUAAUUUAUUUUUUACAUACCUUAGCCAAGUUAGUAAUAAAGUAUUAAAAAAAUAUAGUUUACAACAACUAACCAUGUGUAUUGUUAUCAUCAGAUAUUACUGUUAUAUUUACAAAAAUGUUUUUGUGCAAGCAUAUGAACUAGUUUAUAUUGGCAUAAUGGUGAAGCUCACAUGACUGGUUGUACAUUAUAUUAGAACCGUAUAUAAACCGGGUGUUUCAAAAAUCAGUUUACAAAGUAUUUGUUUAAAGCAAAUAAUAAAUAAAUGUUACUUAUAUUAUAAUUUUGUUUAAACUGAAUUUACACUACACAUAGGUUAUAUUAAAAGAAUUGUUCAAAAUGUUUUCCGCUAACUUCAAUGCACUUCUCACAGCGUUUUUUACACUUAAUAAUCCUUUUGCAUAGAUUUUUACGGUUGUUAAGGCUUCAAACUCUCUCGUGAUGGCUGCUCUCAAUUGUAAAACAUCUAGAAGUGCAAAACAUGAUGGAGCUGGAGUUUGAGGGAAUCUUCCUACAAAUAACUGAAUAACUUCUUCACUAUUUUUAUUUUUUUCAUCCAACUUUAUUAAAAGGAAUAUGAGCUUCUCGGUGAUUGGUUUGCUCAUGGUUACUGUCAACAUGAAAUGCAAAUAACAAUCUAAAUCUAACCUCAAAUCUAAACAUAAAAAUGUCAACAAUGAUCUUAACAGCUGAUUUUGGCAUUGCUGAAAACCAGGUUGUGCAACAUUAGUUACGAAAGCAUUGUGUUUUGUAUAAGUCAGUUUACCUCAGUAAACUGGUAAACUCAUUUGUGAAACACCCGGUAUUAUAUAUCUUUCAUUGUUAUUUUGUUGGUAGGCCCCUCUAAUUAAACACACUGUAAACGGUCAACAGUUUCCCCUUUAGCAGGAUUUUACAAUAGAUGUAAUGGGUUAGGCAAGAUGAGUAAAUUUCCCAUCAUCAAUUGAAGGAAUCUGAAAUAAUUUGUCUAAUUAACGUUUUCAUAACAAGAGAACAAAUAAAGAUUCACAAUCAGAUAUUUUUAUGAAAGUUUUAAAUGAAAAGGUUUAUAUCAAUUGUGACUUAUAGUAGAUCCCAGCAAUCCUAGAAGGGUUUUUAGGACUGAAUUAUCUCCACUUGUUACUGUCCUAGUUGUCACAAACAAUUCUGAAUCUGAGUUUCAAAUCAAUCAUCUAACCUCAUCUAAACCACUCUUUCCUUUAGAGUUAAAUUAAUGUGUGUAGCUUCUAUAUUAAUUCAUUCUUCUUCUAUUGGUGUCUAAAUUAAUCAAACAAAAGGUUGUAUGAUGAAUGUGAAUACACCACUAUUCAUAUAGUGUAAGUUUUCAUACUAAUAAAUUGUAGUCACAUCAAUAAGUAACUGUAUACGAGAAGUAUGUUUUGUUUUUUAACAGAUAUUAUAGUGGUUAGGUACUUUGAUAGAUGCUACAGUUGUACACUUCAAGUGUAUGUUUCGUUAUUAGUUAAACUAAAAUUAACUAUGCUAAUGAAAUAAGUUUGUAGCUUAUGUUACACAGAGAGAGUUGAUUAACAGAACAUACUUCUUUGACAGUGUACCACCAAUAUUCCAAUACACAUUGUAGUACUGUAACACACAGCUGUGUUUUAUCUGAGUGUUUUCUGUAUACUUGUACCUUUUUAUACUGAUACUCUGUAUAUUUUACUCAGUGGCAUUACUUUUUUUGUUGUGAAACUUAUGUAUCUCUACUCUAAAACAAAUGUACGGUAAUUAUAAAAUACUAAACAAUCCAUAUUAAAAGCUGGUUUAUUAGUUAUACUCAAAUUCAAUUAUUUUAAUGUAUAGAUAGAAUUGUAGACUGCAUGUUGUGUGGUUUACAGUGGUUUUACUAUGACAUUAUUACGUGUUUUAAUCUAAAAUGAAUUAAAUCUACUGUAGCUAAAUGCAAAGACUCUUAAGUGUUUCCACAGGUCUUAAAAAACUCUUUAAUAUGUUUAUAAUAAUAAAUUAAUUAAAAUACAGGGUCAUAUUAUGAACAGAGAAAAUUUUGUAUUUUAUCACAAUUUAACAAUGUGGGCAAUAUUUUGUUCAUUUGGUUAUCUAUCAUCUUAUUUUUUUUACUUUUGUUUUUCUUUUUGGGAAAUAUAUUAACUAAAUAUAAUACUUAACUAUGGUCUAAAACUUAGUAGCUCGCCAAAAUGUGUUAUGCAUAUUUGAUUGUUGUUCUUUGAAAAGAUUAUAUUAAUAAUCAAUUAAAUUGUACUAAAUCCGUGGGAAAACAACCUUUUGACCUCCACAGAAACUUUUUGUGAGGAAAGCUUUUCAUAUGAUAUUGAUAUUGUUGACUCUUCAUAUUAUUUCUUCUGGUUUACCCAAUGUACCAAUAGCUUGAUAACCAAUCCAAAGUUUUUCAUUUUAUUAAAGUAAUAAGAAACAAUAAUAUUGUUCUAAAUUUACACAUAAAAUUCAUUUAUUUAUUAAAAAAAAAACAUAACAACAUGAAACGCCGUAGGAAAUGUAUAAGAAUAUUAUUUAUUUAUAAGUAAAACAAAUCUAUGACAAAUUACCUGACCUACAAAACAGAUUAGUUUAAUGGUUAUUUUUAAAUUAGGCCUACUGAAAAUAAAUAUUAGUGAUACAAAUUUACUUUGAUUUAGACUUGUUCUUCGCAGGAUGUAUUUAUUGUACUGACUAAACAAAUACAAUGGCCUGGACAUUAUUAAUCAACAUGUAAUUUGUUUCGAUUGAUUGUGAAAAUUGUCAUUUUCAGGUUACUAAAUUAAGAUUUUGUGUAAUUUGUUAUGUAGUAUCUGGUGAAUAAAUAAUAUAGUGCUGACUAAUUUUCAAUAUUUGACAUCGGAUACAAAUAUGUUUAUAUAAGUCACCAGUUAUUUUCAUUAGGUACUUCUACUUAAUAUGGUAUUACUCAAUCUAUUAUGUUUUCCACUUAAAAAUGUUUAUUGCGAAAAUGUUAGUUACCACUUUAACUAUAGUUACCAAUGUGAUAAUUUCUAGUCAGAAUUAUAAAUAUAUUUUAAGAAUAUCAGUCAUUUCCAGUACAAAUUAAAAAUAUUCAUACUAAAUCUUGUUUAUAUUAGUUUUAGUUAUUGUUAUUUAAUACCGUACCUAUUAAUUUAGUAUAUUGUUAAAGCCCUUAUUUGAGCUCACUUGUUUGUGAUUAAUUUUGUAGAAUGUUUAUAAAUUAAUUGUAAUGACCAAUUACGAAUACAGUAGUCCUGCAAACUCAACACAGAGUAACUAUGCGCUUAUUCAGAUUGUUUUUUUUAUUAUCCAUAGGUUUAGAAUUAAUAAAUAAGAUGAAGUUUGAAUAGUCAAUAAAUUAACACUGUUUCCAAUUAUAACAUUAAACUGUGAUCUAUGUUAGAAGUCAUCAAAUGUUUUAUUAAAUUGCAGUAGUCUUCAUAUUUUAUCCAAUAAUUAAUUGUUUAAUAUGUAUGUAACAGUUGAUCAACAUUUUGGAAAAUUAAACAUUCCAAAAACUCAAAAGGCACAUUUUGUUGAGUUUGUAAGGGUACUUUAUAAAUCAAAUAAUUUCUUCAUUAAACCAUAAACACUGUUACUCCACAUUUACCGUGUCUUUCUGUACUAAAAUACUAUUCAAAUUGUUGUCUCCUAAGAAAACUACAAAAGUUGUCAUGUCCAAUUAAUUGAAAUUAAAACUAUAAAUGUUAUUUCUCGUGUUAUUGUGUUGUUUAGAAGUAUAUGAUAUUUUCUACCAUAUAUCAAAUGUUUUUUCCUCUGGUUGAUGUUGAAUGUCUGUAUAAAGUUACAAAAAUUAUAUUUAAUUUUUUAAUGUUUUGACUUAGUUUCAGCAUCAAUUUUAGAACUAAUUGCUGCUGAUAAUUUCAAUCACUAAAGGUUGCGUAUGAUUGUAAAGUAAACAAUAUGACCAGACAGUGCUGGAUUUGCUUAACUUACUACUUUUUUGUCUAGUAUCAACUAAUAGGUCCUGAACAGUAUGUGUUAUCAGCUCUAGAUCAAAUCUUACAUGACAUGUGAUAACCAAGACAAUUUUGGUUUGCACAUUUAAAUCUCAAUGUGAUACUAAAUUUAUAUUUAGCCUACAUAACAUAAUAAAACCAAAUACGAGUAGGAUUUAAUUUGCCAAGCACUUUUUCCCUCUCUCUCUAAUGGCAUUGUUAGGAUUUUGUUGUUGUUGUUCUUAUUGCCAAGCAAAAGAAUGUCGAACUUUCUAAACCUAUAUAAAUUGUGAUAAUUUGUAUCAAAUACAAGAAAAUUUGUUAAAAUUAAUUUUAAAUUAUUUCAGUAUUUUAAUGUUUUAUUAGAUAUGUAGUGUAGCUCAGUAGUUCUUUCACUAUUGCCAUACACUAAACAAUGUGAUGGGAUAUGGAUGGCUAAUUAGUCAAAGCUAUUUAAUAUCAAGGAUUAGUCAGUUUUAUUGUCGUCAUUUUAAAUAAAUGAUGUUUAUCUUGAUAUAAACAAAAAAUCAUGUUGCAUGUGAAAUUCUUUAUUAGAUAAUUGAAUGAACUGUUUAAAAUUAUGUAAUUGUUUAAUUUUCUAUGUACUCACAAAUGUGAUCCAAAGUAAUGUUUAUUUUUGUAAAAAUAUGAAAUUAAAAGUGUAUAUUUUUAUGUGUCAAUCAUACUUAUAUCGCAUUGAGAAUGAGAAUAUUUACUGUAAAGAUAAUUAAAAUUGUAUCUUAAAGUUAAAUAUAUCAAUGUUAAAGUGUUUUUUUUUUAUUAUUAGUCUUAUUUUACUGGAACUUAUUAUCUUUUAUUGUUUUCAAUGAGUAUUUGGUUUUUAACUUAAUGAAACAAUAUAAAAACUGGAACAUGUAUUACACCUUUUGUCUUAUUAGGUAUGAAACAUUUAUGACAACAAUCAGUCUGCUAUUUCCUCAAAUCGUCUAAGUAUUUUACUUGUUCUAAACUCGAAAGAUAUUUAGAGCAUUUUUGUAUGAAUUUGACUAAAAAAAAUACAAUCGCAAGCUGUAAACCUUUUUGUAAAUUUGUAAAAAUUGUAAAAAUUUACAAGCAUUUUGUCUACUUUUACUAAGUGUUCGUUUGUAACAUUUUCUAAUGUAGUGGUUUUCAAUUGAACAUCGGUGAUUAUAAUUACGAUCACAGUUUGUAAUGUAAAUUUUGUGGUGAUUAUAAUCGUGUAGGUGUGUCGUAUCACUUAAGUGCACUGAUUCUCACACAUGCCUUGCCUGCCCGCCUUCAUAAGACCUCCUACAUAGUGUGGACUGGGUCUAGGACAGUAGACAGUAGGUAACAGAGAGUAUUGUAGUUUAAAUCAUCCAACAAACAGUAAUAUAUUCAGAGUAAAAACAACAUUUAUGUCCAAAUGGUGGAUUAAGAAUGGCACUGUGGAUGUAGAUUUUUCUGCUCUUGAAGCAUUUAAAAAUAGCAAAUUAUGAGUUUGAAUAAUGGAUGUUGCCAUGUUGCUCAACUUUCCAUGUUAUGAAAAUAGUUAAAGGUUUGAUUAAGUGUUAACAUUAGGUUCAGAGUCUUGCCGAGAGGGAAUCACCUUAGCAGUGGAGUAGAAAUCUACGUAAAAACCCUUUCAUACUAUUUGUCUAAAAUGUAUUGUACAUUAUAAUUUUCAUGAAAAGUCAUAACCUUAUUGCCACCAAUCUAAAACUUAUAAUGAGUUCAUCAACAAGAAUGACUAAGCAAAUUUCCUAUAACGUAUUUUUUAAAUUUCAAUCAUAUUAAAAUUUUAAAUUUUAGACCAUGUAUUUUAAAUUACUGAUAUAAUUCACCAAGUAAACUUAUGUUAUGUCUUUGAAUUUAUUGAAUGUAGUUUGUUUUGUUUUAACUGCUUUGGUUGCCCAUAGUCCAGAAGACCCAGUCCAUACAGUCACUGGGGUCAGAGUAUUUUAAUGCACUGCAUGAGUUAUGUCAGUUAUUUAUACUAAUCGCAUUGUCCUAGUAUGUGUGAUUGCUGCACGAAUAUCUGAUAAGAGUUUGAGAGCAUGGAAGUGACUGUGGCUUGUACAUUUUACACCAAAGCUUCUAAAAACACGGUGCCUUUUGCUUUUGAUGUGUUACGUAAAUGGAUAUUGUAACUUAUCUUGAUUUUUAAUAAAUAAGACUCGAUCACGGUACUUAAAUAGUUAAGUUUAGAAAUCGGAGCCACUGCUGGCUUCUCGCGGCACAACGAAACAUAUUUAAAAGCCUUUGAAUUUUUAAUGUUAGAAAAAUUAGAAGAAGCACUGUAAAUAGAUGGCUUGGCGAAGAAAACAUACAUUUGUCACUGAACCGUAAGAUCCGCAGUGUAAAUCUAAGAGUCUAGAGGCUAUAGAUUGGACAUAGAGUUAGUCUUACAAUAUUGUAUUAACUGCAGCUGAUGGUGAGAAAGCAGUCAGAACAACGAGUCUUUAUUGCUUCUAACUCACUUUUUAUUACCGAAGGAAUUUGCCUCACAGUGCCGCUAACUAGAUACAAUUUAGCCAUGUUUGUAAUUUUCAAUAAUUUAAAGAACUUUUUAAAAUAAACCUUAUUUUUAGUCAAUUUCUCUAUAUAUCACUGUUUUUACUGACAAGUAGAUGAAUAUUAAUGAGGUUAUUUGAUAAAUUUUGUUAUAUCUAGGUUUGGUGCAGAUACCUAUUAUUUCUUAAAUUGAUUUUAUAAGAAACUAGUCAUUGUUUAAGUAUUUGUUGGACAUUUAAAUAAAGUGUUUGUAGUUUAUUUUUUUUUUUCAUUAAGGAAACAUUUAAGUGCACUAGACUGUUAAGAAUUUUGUGAAAAUAUUUAUUGCCAAAUGACCAAUUAACAAUGCCAGAAGUUAUAAUAAGAUAUAUAAGUAAAGAUAAAUGAACAGACCAAGCUGUGAGUGGACACUCAAAUAAAAUGAAACAAUUAUUUUAUGAUUACUUUACUGUCUUAUAAAUUAUUUAUCGGGUGCUUUGACCAAAUAAGUAUUUUAAGCAUGCUUUUUAUUAAAGAUAGUUUCUACUAUGUGCACUAUCUUGUGGCCCCUUGUUUGUGAUCUUUGUAGUUUCAACUAUUCUAUUUAAACUACCCAUUGUAAAAUGGUUGGAAUAGUAGCUAUUUCGACUAUUAUAGUCUAUUGAUGCAGUGUUAACAUUGUAAAUAUUCACAAUUGUACAUAUUUUCUUGUACAUUCGUUCAGAACAAUUUUCAAUAAAAUAUUAUUA